AUGGCUUGGUGUUGCAAUGUUAUAGAUAUGGAUCGCCCCAAAGUCACUGUACAUCCAGGUCCAGAAAACUAUAGUUUAUUAAUACUCCAACAACAGCAUCGAUCCCAGGCUGUGUGGGAUGGACAAUUGACUGGACAGAACGCGUGUGGAUUUGGGGGAGUUUUAGCAGUAGGUAAUGUGCAGUAUGAUGAAGAAAUCAUCACUGCACUUAUUGAGAGAUGGCGUUCAGAGACGCAUACAUUUCAUAUGCGGACUGACGAAUGUGCCAUCACACUGCAGGAUGUCGAGGUGUUAUAUGGCAUUCUCGUGGAUGGCCACCCAUUGGUGCAGAGAAAUGUUAAAAAUAUAACUAAAUCAACGUGGCGGGAAUUGAUGUACGACCUUACUGGUUGGUUGCCCGGAGAAGAAGAAAUUAUAGGUAAUAGUUUGUUGGUAAUAACACAAUUAUCUAAUCAUUUGGAAACCUUGAUUGCCAAGAAUGAUAUUAUUGAUGAACACACUGAUAAGGCUGAGUUACAAAAGAGGGUCAGGUUGUACCUGCUUUGA